GCUUUGGUAUUCCUUCGGUGUCGUGUUGACACAGCUUGUGCAAGACCACUGCAGAUUCGAAACCAUUGCGGCCACCGGAGAUGCAAACGCUGUGCCGCAAUGCGAUGAUAUUGUCUUGCGCAAAUAUUGGUCCAGCAUCUUUGAGAGUAUGUUGACGCUUUUCAUGUCGAUCUCUGGCGGCUUGAGCUGGAGUGAAGCUAUGGACCCCUUGAAAAAGUUUUCGCUUGUGGCUGUUGCUUGCAUGGUAUUUUACGUGUUGAUCACAGUAUUUGCAGUGUUGAACGUUGUGACUGGCGUGUUCUGCAACACAGCUAUUGAGAGCGCGCACUCGGACCGGGAUAUCCGAGCUAUCGAGCAGUUGAAUAAGCAAACAGCUUUGGUCAGAUCUCUGAAAGAUCUUUUCCAGGAGAUCGACCAUGACAAUUCCAAUCUUGUCAGCAUUGAUGAGUUCAAAGCGGCGGUGGCUACUCCAAAGAUGUCAAGCUUCCUGGAAUCAAUGGGGAUUUCAACGCACGAUGUCUGGACUUUGUUCACAAUUAUAGAUGCCGAUGCGAGUGGUCUCAUCGAUUUGGAUGAGUUUGUGCAAGGUUGCAUGGAAUUGCAUGGCCCGGCGAAAAGUUUUCAUCUGUCAAAGAUGAGCUAUGAGAACAAGAUUACCCGGCAGGCAAUCAAAAAGCUUGUGAGGGAAACGUCAGAUGUAAAGAAACAACUUGCGUUGGCUUUGCCUGCUCUGCAGCAAACACAAUCAAAUGCCCCAACAAAGUGA